CCACCCCCUUCCUGGCUUCGUCUACAGGCCGUGAAUGAUCGGCCCUCGCGGCUUCUUCCUCAGCCUCGGACAGCCAUGGGGCCGGAGCCGCAGACGCUGCCACCCUCCCCGAACUGGUACUGCACCCGCUGCAGCGAUGCCGUGCCGGGCGGCCUCUUCGGCUUCGCAGCGCGGACCUCUGUCUUCCUGGUCCGCGUGGGCCCGGGCGCGGGCGCGACCGCUGGGACGCCCCCGUUUCGAGUCAUAGGAGAGUUGGUGGGACACACUGAAAGGGUCUCUGGCUUCACAUUUUCGCAUCACCCUGGGCAGUACAAUCUCUGUGCCACAAGCUCCGAUGACGGGACUGUGAAAAUAUGGGAUGUAGAGACAAAAACAGUUGUGACGGAACAUGCGCUCCAUCAGCACACAAUAGCAGCAUUACAUUGGUCUCCUCGUGUAAAGGACUUAAUUGUAUCUGGAGAUGAAAAAGGAGUCGUUUUCUGCUAUUGGAUUAACAGAAAUGACAGCCAGCGCCUCUUCGUAGAACCCAGGACAAUUUUCUGUCUUACUUGUUCACCUCACCAUGAAGACUUGGUAGCCAUUGGCUACAAGGAUGGCAUAGUGGUUAUAAUUGACAUCAGUAAGAAAGGAGAAGUUAUUCACAGGCUUCGAGGACAUGAUGAUGAAAUCCACUCCAUAGUCUGGUGCCCCCUGCCUGGUGAAGAUUGUUUAUCCGUAAAUCAAGAAGAAAACUCAGAAGAACCUGAAAUUCCCAAUGAGAAAGUUACCCCACCAACUACAGAAGCAAAGGGCUGCUACUUAGCCACUGGAAGCAAAGAUCAGACCGUUCGAAUCUGGAGCUGCGCCAGGGGUCGAGGAGUGAUGACUUUGAAAAUCCCCUUCCUGAAGAGAAGAGGAGGGGGUGUGGACCCAACGGUUAAAGAGCGCCUUUGGUUGACACUGUACUGGCCCAAGAAUCAGCCGACACAGCUGGUGUCCAGUUGCUUUGGAGGUGAACUGCUGCUAUGGGAUCUCACCCAGUCCUGGAGACGGAAAUACACCCUCUUUAGCGCUUCAGAAGGGCAGAAUCACUCCAGAAUUGUCUUUAAUUUGUGUCCUUUGCAAACUGAGGAUGAGAAGCAGCUGCUCCUGUCCACAUCAAUGGAUAGAGAUGUAAAAUGUUGGGACAUGACCACGCUCGAGUGCUGCUGGACCCUGCCUUCCCUUGGUGGGUUUGCAUACAGCCUGGCCUUCUCUCCUGAGGAUACGGGCUAUUUGGCUGUCGGUGUUGGGGAUGGCAUGAUCCGGGUGUGGAAUACAGCAUCUCAGAAGAACAACUAUGAUGUGAAAAAUUUUUGGCAAGGAGUCAAGUCCAAGGUUACAGCGCUAUGCUGGCACCCAAAGAAGGAACACUGCUUAGCUUUCGGAACUGAUGACGGAAAAGUGGGACUGUACGACACCUACUCCAACAAACCUCCACAGAUUUCAAGCACAUAUCAUAAGAAGACUGUGUACACACUAGCUUGGGGGCCACCAGUACCCCCCAUGUCACUCGAAGGAGAAGGAGACAGACCUUCCUUCACUCUAUACAGCUGUGGAGGGGAAGGCAUUGUCCUCCAGCACCAUCCCUGGAGGUUCAGUGGCGAGGCCUUCGACAUCAACAAACUCAUACGGGACACCAAUGCGGUCAAGUACAAACUGCCUGUGCACACAGACAUCAGCUGGAAAGCAGAUGGCAAAUUCAUGGCUCUUGGCAAUGAAGACGGAUCAAUAGAGAUAUUUCAGGUUCCCAACCUGAAACUGAUGUGCACCAUCCAGCAACAUCACAAGCUUCUGAACACCAUGAGCUGGCACCACGAGCACGGCAGCCAGCCAGAGCUGAGCUAUCUCCUGGCCUCUGGCUCCAACAAUGCGGUCAUCUACGUGCACAACCUGAAAACUGUGCUAGAGAGCAGUUCUGAGUCUCCAGUGACCAUCACUGAGCCCUUCCGCACGCUCUCAGGACAUACUGCCAAGAUCACCUGCCUGGCAUGGAGCCCGCAUCACGAUGGAAUCCUGGUGUCUGCAUCCUAUGAUGGGACAGCCCAGGUGUGGGACACCCUCCGUGAGCAGCCUCUGCACAAUUUCCGAGGACACCGAGGCCGGCUGCUGUGUGUGGUGUGGUCCCCGUUGGAACCAGAGUGCAUCUACUCGGGAGCAGAUGACUUCUGCGUGUACAGAUGGCUACCUUCUGCACAGGAUCACUCCCGGCCUCCCCAAGGCAAAAAAGGUAUUGAAUUAGAGAAAAAACGGCUCUCUCAACCCAAGCCAAAGCCCAAAAAGAAGAAAAAGCCUACUUCACAAGUUCCUGUCAAACAAGAGUCGUUUGAGGGAAAUGAAGAGGAGAACACAAAGGAGAAUGCGGUGCCCGUGGAGAACGGGGUGUCAGACCCAGAGUGUGAGGAGGAGGCGCAGGAGCUGGAGAUGCCCUGUGAGCUCACCCCCGUGGAACCAGUUGUCUACACUCAGAUUUCAUCAAGCUGUGAAAAAUCAAAAGCGAUUAUUAACAACAAUAAAAUCACUGUACUGAAAAAGGAGCCACCUAAAGAGAAGCCAGAAGCCUUAAUGAAGAAGAGAAAAGCUCGCUCCAUGCUCCCUCUGAGUACAAGCCUGGACCACAGGUCCAAAGAGGAGCUCCAUCAUGACUGCUUGGUUCUAGCAACUGCAAAACACGCCACAGAGUUAAAUAAGGACUUGUCUGCUGAUCUUGAAGACAGAUUUCACUUGGGGCUCUUCACGGACAGGGACACCCUCUACAGGAUGAUCGAGACGGAAGGAAAAGGUCAUCUAGAAAAUGGCCACCCAGAGUUAUUCCACCAGCUCAUGCUUUGGAAAGGAGACCUGCAAGGUGUUCUGCAGACCGCAGCUGAAAGAGGGGAGCUGACAGACAAUCUUGUGGCGAUGGCCCCAGUCGCUGGCUACCACGUGUGGCUGUGGGCCGUGGAAGCCUUUGCCAAACAGCUGUGUUUCCAGGACCAGUAUGUCAAGGCUGCCUCUCACCUGCUUUCCAUCCAUAAGGUGUACGAAGCUGUGGAGCUGCUGAAGUCGCACCAUUUCUACAGAGAAGCUAUUGCUGUUGCCAAGGCCCGGCUGCGCCCAGAGGACCCUGUGCUGAAGGACCUGUACCUCAGCUGGGGAGCCAUCCUGGAAAGAGAUGGCCACUAUGCUGUGGCAGCCAAAUGCUAUUUAGGGGCCACUUCUCCUUUUGAUGCAGCCAAGGUUUUGGCCAAAAAGGGGGACGCAGCGUCACUCAGAACAGCUGCGGAGCUGGCUGCGAUCACAGGAGAGAACGAGUUGUCUGUUCUUCUGGCUCUCAGAUGCGCCCAGGAGCUGCUUCUGACCAAGAACUGGGUGGGAGCCCAGGAAGCACUGCAGCUGCACGGAAGUCUCCAGGGGCAGAGACUGGUGUUUUGCCUCCUUGAGCUACUGUGCCGGCAUCUGGAGGAGAAGCAGCUUCCAGAAGCCAGAUACACCCCCUCUCACCACACCUGGGCCAUGGACAGCGAAGGGCCCUUCGUGCAGCGAGUGACCUCAGUGUGGAAGAGAGUCUUUGGACUGGACAGCCCACUGCAGUGUCGGGCAGCCUUGCAGAAACUGCAAGACAUUAAAUACCCGUCUGCUACAAACAACACUCCCUCCCAUCAGCUCCUGCUUCACAUUUGUCACGACCUCACCUUGGCGGUGCUGAGCCAGCAGGUGGCCUCCUGGGAUGAAGCCGUGCAGGCGCUGCUGCGGGCUGUGGUGCGGAGCUAUGAUUCAGGCAGCUUCACCGUCAUGCAAGGCGUGUGCUCGGCGUUCCUCCCUGACGGCUGUGACCACCUAAGAGACAAACUGGGUGACCAUGAGUCCUUGGCUGCACCAGCCUUCAGAAGUCUGGAGGCAUUUUUCAUGUACGGGCGCCUGUAUGAGAUCUGGUGGUCUGUCUCUGGGCCUUGCUCCAAGCCCAGUGUCUGGGUCAGGGCUGCCCAUGGAAACACAGUGCCCACUGCACGCAGCCAGCAGGAGAACGGGGCCAGCACAGAGGAGACGGGCUCCGAAGCUGCUUGCCUGCCAGAGCCAGGCAGUCCCCCGGGUCUCAGCAUAGGACUCUCAAGAGAGAGUGAGCACGUGCUGAGCGCGUGCCAGAAGCUCCUAUCCGAGACGCAUGCCAGCCUUCAGAACGCACAGAGGACUGUGGCUCAAGUCCAGGAGUCUCUGGCAGAAAUGAUCCAGCAGCACCGAAAGAGCCUGCUCUCUAAACCUAUGGCCAGUGCUCUGAGGAACAACGAACCUGACCAGGAAACAGAAGCGCCCCCUUCCGAGGCUCAGAGCCAGUGUAAUAGUAAAGAAGAAGAAGAAAAUGAGCCAGUUUCUCUGCCUGAAUUAACCAGAAGGCUUACAGAGGCAAAUCAAAGAAUGGCUAAGUUUCCCGAAAGUAUCAAGACCUGGCCCUUCCCAGAUGUGCUGGAAUGCUGCCUCGUCCUGCUUCACAUCGGGGCCCAGUGUCCCGGCUGCAUAACUGAAGAGCUGCAACAGCAGGCCCGAGAGCUCCUCAGGAAAUAUGGCAACACUAAAGCGCACAAAAGGCAGCGCAGGACCUUCUGCACGUGAGCACCGGAGGGCCUGACAGGAACCAUCACAGGAUGACUGUCUCGUCUCUGCAGUGACACCUCAUCCGGCAGCCUCACUGAAUGUGUUUGCAGUGAUGCAGAGCAACUCUAGAGGGGAACACUUGAAUCAACUCUGUCUACCGUAGACCAAGCGCAGUCUGACUCUGGCCUCCACUGUGGUUUGCCAGGGACUGAAGGGCAGAUCAUGGAAAGCCAGGACUUCUUACAGCCGGCACUCGCAGAGUGACUGAUCAUCUCAGCCUUACGCAGGUUUCCCUCAAAGAGGAGAAACUUCUGUAAUCACCCAAAGUAUUGUUCCUGAACACAAGCGACCUUUGUAAAUACUUUCUGCGAUCACAAGUAGCUCAUUCUGGCUGGAGACAGAAUUGCCACAUUCAGUGACAAUGGAUACACAGUUUGGUUUGGUCUGGUCUGGUCUGGUUAACCUAAGCACUUCCACCUCCGCUCUUCCAAAAGUUUGAAAUGUGAAAUAGGCCUUAUUAACCAUCAUGUUGAUUCUGUCCUGUGUCAACUUUGGGUUAAAACUUUGGUUUUACUAUUUCAUAAAGUUGCUUAUUUGGAUAAAUUACUAAAGCUUUGCAAGAACAAAUGACACACUCAAAGAUGUUAUCCCUUCAGUUUUAUAACGGAUAACAGACGGCAGUGAAAUAGCUCAGGAAGCAAUUACUGUUUCAGUGGCUCUUACUUGGCGUGGGGGAUGUUCAGGGAACUCUCUUCAGAACAGUAUUAAAGCCACAGCUACGCUCUCCCUCCCA